AUGUCAUCACCAUUUGAUCCACCUAAAAAUGCAAUCUAUAUUAUUCUCGGAGAAAUUCAAGCAUUAACAUCAUCGAAAAAGAAUAAUAAUCGAUGGUCAACGACACAUUCAUAUGAAGAAUCUCCAGAGAUUAAUUCAUUUCAAAAACUUAAAACUACUUUAAAUUCAAUAUCAGAUCUUCAAGAUAUUGAUUCACUAACAUUUUUAACACCAUUUCUUGAUAUAAUUCGUUCUGAUGAAAUAUCCGGUCCAAUGACUUGUUUAGCAUUAAAUGCUGUGAAUAAAUUUCUUUCAUAUGGAUUGAUCGAUACGCUAAGUGAAUCAUCAGCAUCGACUAUUGAUAAAGUUGCCAAUGCUGUAACACAUACACGUUUUGUUGGAACGAAUCCAAAUGAUGAUGAAGUUGUUUUGAUGAGAAUUUUACAAGUUCUUCGUUCUUUAUUAUUAAGUCCAGUUGGAUCUCAAAUGACCAAUGAUGCUGUAUGUGAAAUACUUCAAUCUUGUUUUCGAAUAUGUUUCGAAACAAGAUUAUCUGAAUUAUUACGUAAAACAUCUGAACAUGUUUUAAUUGAUAUGGUUCAAUUAUUAUUUGCUCGUUUACCACAAUUUAAAGAUGAUGCAACAUCAUUAGCAUCAACAAAACUAAUUAAAGAUCUUUCAACAACUGGUAUAACAACAGCAAAUCAACCUGAAUCACAAAAAGAAAAAUAUGAUUCAACUUCGUCUACAAUAAAAACAACUUUAACAUAUCCAUUAGAAAGUACGGAUAAUGUUCAUCCAACUGCAAUCGAUAGUGCAACAAAUAUAGCUCUAAUGAUUGAUGAAAAUAAAUCUUCUCAAAAAACUAUUCCAUCAUUUGAUGAAUCAUCAACAAAUCAGAUCUUAACAAAUGUUCAAGAUGAACAACAAUCACAAGAAACAAUAGUAACACAAACAUCAUCAAAUCCUAAUGAGUAUAUUAAUCCAAGAGGAAUAAGAUUUACAUCAGGAUCACCUAUCAAUGAAUCUGUUAAUGAUUUAUUAACUCCAUAUGGUUGGCCAUGUGUUCGUGGUCUAUUUCGUUUUCUUACGACACUUAUCGAUGUUUAUGAUAAAAAUAAUACUGAAUAUAUGAUAACAGUUGGUUUAAAUCUUCUUAUUGUUGCAUUAGAAGUUGGUGCAGAUUAUCUUGCAAAUUAUCCUCUAUUACUUUCAAUAGUUAAAGAUACUCUCUGUCGUAAUUUAAUAAGCUUGUUAAAUUCUACUCGUAUUCCAUUAUAUUCAGCUUCAUUUCGUGUUUCAUUUCUUAUAUUCGAAAGUCUUCGAACACAUUUGAAAUGUCAAUUUGAAUUUUUUAUUACACGUUUAAUGGAAUUAAUUGUAUCUGAACAAUCAAAAAUAUCCUAUGAACAAAAAGAAAUCGCACUUGAAACAAUCGUUCAACUUCUUCGUAUACCUGGUUUACCAGCUGAAUUAUAUUUAAAUUAUGAUUGUGAUCUUUAUAGUACAAAUCUAUUUGAAGAAUUAACUAAAAUGUUAUCAAAAAAUGCUUUUCCAGUCGCUGGUUUAACAUCAACACAUAUUCUUUCACUCGAUGCACUUCUUUCAGUUAUCGAUCAUAUUGAACUUGAAUGUCAAUUUCAAGUACAACGACAAAAAAAUGAUUCAACAAAUCAAUCAUUAACACGUCCUGUUCCAUGUGGUUAUGCACUUGCUUUAUCAUUACAAAAUCUUGAUUUACAUCGUUCAUCUACACCUUCGGAAUCUCGUCAUGGAUCACGACUUCGACAAAAUCGAAUGACAAUUUCUUCACAUUUACCAUCACAAGAUGAUCUGAAAAAAAUGAAACAAGAUAAAAAGUUAUUACGUCAAGGUUCAGAAUUAUUUAAUCAAAGUGCAUCAUCAGGAAUAAAAUUUCUUCAAGAAAAUAAUCUUCUAUCGGAUCCAUUAGAUGUUCAUGAAAUUGUUAAAUUUCUUAAAGACAAUCCAUUAUUAGAUAAGAAGAUUAUUGGAGAAUAUUUAUCAAAUAGAAAAAAUAUUCAUAUACUCGAACAAUAUGUCAAGACAUUUAAUUUUGAAAAUAUGCGUGUUGAUGAAGCACUUCGAAUAUAUUUAUCAGAAUUUCGUUUACCAGGUGAAGCACCUUUAAUUAGUGCUUUACUUGAACAUUUUGCUGCUCGUUGGAGAGAAUGUAAUAAUUUUCAACUUGCUAAUAAUGAUGCUGCUUUUGGUUUAUCAUAUGCUUGUAUUAUGCUUAAUACUGAUCAACAUAAUACAAAUGUUCGUCGUCAAAGUUCACCAAUGACUGUUGAAGAUUUUAAACGAAAUUUAUCAAAAAUGAAUAAUAAUGAAAAUUUUGAUGAUGGAAUGUUAACUGAAAUUUAUAAUGCAAUUAAAUCUGAUGAAAUUCUAUUGCCAGCUGAACAUACAGGUCGUGUUCGAGAAUCUUAUUUAUGGAAAUUAAUGCUUAAACGAACAGUGACAACAGGAGAAAAAUUUCUUCAUGUACCAACUGGUUCAUAUAAUCAUGAUAUAUUUACAUUAAUAUGGGGACAAACAAUGGCUGCACUUUCAUUUGUUUUUGAAAAAUCAAAUUAUAAUUUAGUUAUUGAUAAAUCUAUUCAAGGGUUUAGUAAAUGUGCAAGAAUUGCUGCAUAUUAUUGUAUGUCGGAUGUUUUUGAUAAUUUAGUUAUUUCAUUAUGUAAAUUUACAACUUUACUUAAUAAUCGAGAGUGGAUUGAAAAUUUACCCAUACAAUUUGGAUUAAAUAAAAAAGCACGUCUUGCUGCAACCGUUGUUUUUAAUAUUGCACAUUUACAUGGUGAUAUACUAAGAGAUGGUUGGAAAAAUAUUCUUGAAUGUAUUAUUCAUUUAUAUAAAGCAAAAUUAUUACCAUCAACUCUAGUUGAAGUUGAAGAUUUUCUUGAUCCAACAGGACGAACAACACUUAUUAAAGAGCAAAUUAUACAAACACCAAAAACUGAUAUUGGUUUAUUUUCUUCGCUUGCCUUUUUUCUUGGUGGUGGUAGUUCAAAUGAUUCUACAUUAUCUUCGAAUAAACCAGCAUCACCUGAAGAACAAGAAGCCAUAAAAGUAGCAUCAACAUGUAUUGAAGAAUGUCAUUUAGAACAAUUAUUACAAGAAACAAAAUUUUUAAUAAUUGAUUCUUUAAAUGAAUUAAUCAAAGCUCUUAUUUAUGCUAGUCAAAUAUCGUCUGAUUCAUCUAAAAUUGAACAAGAUUCAGCUGUAUUUUGUCUUGAAUUACUUGUUAAAGUUGUUCUUCAAAAUCGCGAUCGUGUAACUAUUUUUUGGUCAACUAUUCGACAUCAAUUCUAUUCGAUACUUGCUAAUGCUAAUGAUAAAUCAUUUUUUAUUGAACGUACUUGUAUUGGUUUAUUAAGAAUUGCAGCUCGACUUUUACGACGAGAAGAAUUAGCUUCAGAAGUACUUAAUUCACUUCGAAUACUUCUUCUAAUGAAAUCUCAUGUACUUCAUGCAUUAUCAUCAGAAAUAGCGUAUGGUUUACAUGAACUUCUUCGUACAAAUGCAGCAAAUAUACAUAAAUCUGAUGAUUGGUUUAUAUUAUUCUCUUUAAUUGAAGUUGUUGGUGCAGCUGCACAUCCAUCUCCUAUAUUUCAAUCAACAACAACACAAAAUCUUCAAACAAAUAAACCUAUUUAUCAUAGUCAAUCAACAAUUAAUGUUGAAUCGGAUAGUGAAUGUUCAGAUUGUGUUGCAACUGAUAAAGGUUAUACAAGUGAUUCAGAAGUUUAUCGUCGAUCAGAUUAUAUUGUUGUAUCACAUAAUGAUUUUGAAAUAAAUCGAAAUCAAUUUCAACAUGAUCGUCGUGCUUUAAAUAAAUCAUGUGAAAUAUUAGCAUUUCUUAUUCGUGAUUUAGCAUAUGUUACACAAGAUAAUUUCGAAUAUUGUAUACAUUGUAUACGAACAUUUAUUGAAGUAACAAUCAAUCAACAAUUAGAUAAACAAAAUACAAAAUCACCCACAAAUAAUAAUAAUCGAAAUAUAAAACAAAUUCGUAAAGUAACAUCAUCAAAUUCUUUAAAUAACGAAAAUUUUAAUGAACAAACAAAUAAUCAAACAAAACAAUCACGUUCCGAUUAUGAUGAUAAUGAUGAUGAACAAGAAACAAUUAAACAAGAAUAUCAAACAAUUGCAUUACAAUUAUUAGAAUUAAUGCAUAUAUUACAUAUAAAUGCAUCACAAAUAUAUAAACAAAUACCAGCAGAUCAAACAAAAUCAAAUAUUUUAUGGUAUAAAUGUUGGUGUCCUAUUUUACAAGGUGUUGCUCGUCUUUGUUGUGAUCCACGUCGUAUAGUUCGUGCAUCUGCACUUAGUUGCCUUCAACGAUGUAUUCUUUUACCUGAACUUAAUAUUCUUUCUGCAACAGAAUGGGAAUCCGUAUUUAAUAAAGUAUUAUUUCCAUUAUUAGUUAAAUUACUUGAAACAACAAAUAUAAAUGAUCCUAUAUAUGGAAUUGAAGAAACACGUGUACGUGUUUCACAAUUACUUUGUCGUAUAUUUUUACAACAUCUUACACCAUUAUUAAAUUUAUCAACAUUUACAACAAUUUGGUUAACAAUUUUAGAUUUUAUGGAUAAAUAUUCGAAAAUAGAUCAAACCGAUAUGUUGCGUGAAUCAAUUCGUGAAUCUUUAAAAAAUAUGCUUUUAGUUAUGAAUACAACCGGUUUAUUUGAACCUGAUCAACCUUUAACAGUAGUUACAAAAGAUCGAAUUCAUAGUUUUCUACCAGGUCUUUGGGAUGAAGUUUUUAAAAUAUCUAUACCCACACCUAUUCCGUCUCCAACUGCCGAGGUUGUUGCACCAGUUAUAACAAACAGUGAAGUAAAUAUUUCGUCGAAUGAAUCACCAUCAUCAAAUGAAAUAACAACUAACGAACCAACUUCUGUAACAACGAAUACUCGAUUUUUACCAGGUCAAAUACAAAAUUUAUAA